AUGGAUGGAAAACAUUGCGUUAUUGAUCCUUCAUUACAAUCUGGGUCUAUGUUUUACAAUUAUAAAGGAGAUUAUAGUGUAGCUUUGGCUUUAGUGGAUGCUCAAUUACGUUUUAUUUAUGUUAAUGUGGGCAUAAGUGGCAGAGUCAGCAACUCUGGCGUCUGGAAUACACAAGAAAAUUUUCCGUUUGUGAUUAUUAGAGCUGAGGGAUUUCCAUUAUCAGAAAAACUUUUAAUCCCUUAUCCAGGACCUCAGUGUAGUGAAAUGAUAAGCCGGAGAAUAUUUAAUUACAGAUUGUCUAGAGCUCGGCCUUGUUCGGAGAACGCUUUUGGUGUGAUGGCUGCGCGUUUUUAA